CCAAAUUAGGGUUUAUCAUGAAGACCCCCUUUUCUCUUCUCUCCACUUUCGAGCUUGCCAUUGAGACCCUAGCUUAGAGCUUAGUUUCUCUUCAGAUCUCAGAGCUCGCAAACUCAACAUGGCAAGGGGAUUGAAGAAGCAUUUGAAGAGGCUUAAUGCCCCCAAGCAUUGGAUGCUUGACAAAUUGGGUGGUGCUUUUGCACCUAAGCCGUCAUCUGGACCACACAAGUCUAGGGAGUGCCUUCCACUGAUACUCAUCCUGCGAAACAGGUUGAAGUAUGCCCUCACAUACCGGGAAGUUAUUGCUAUUCUGAUGCAGCGUCAUGUGCUUGUUGAUAACAAGGUCAGGACUGACAAGACAUAUCCAGCUGGUUUUAUGGACGUUGUAUCAAUUCCCAAGACAAAUGAGAACUUUCGCCUUCUCUAUGACACCAAGGGCCGAUUCCGUCUCCACUCAAUCCGCGAUGAGGAGGCCAAGUUUAAGCUCUGUAAGGUUCGCUCAGUUCAAUUUGGGCAAAAGGGUAUCCCAUACCUCAACACCUAUGAUGGUCGCACCAUCCGCUAUCCUGAUCCUCUCAUCAGGGCUAAUGACACCAUUAAGUUGGAUCUUGAGGAAAACAAGAUUGUUGAUUUCAUCAAAUUCGAUGUUGGGAAUGUUGUUAUGGUCACUGGUGGAAGGAACAGAGGGCGUGUUGGAGUGAUCAAGAACAGGGAGAAGCAUAAGGGAAGUUUUGAGACAAUCCAUGUUCAGGAUGCCAUGGGACAUGAAUUCGCAACCCGUAUGGGCAAUGUGUUCACCAUUGGCAAGGGAUCAAAGCCGUGGGUGUCACUUCCAAAGGGCAAGGGUAUCAAGCUUACAAUCAUUGAGGAAGCUAGGAAAAGGACUGCCGCACAACAGGCCGUCACUGCUUAAAAUCUCAGAAGGAAUAGACAUGAGUGCUUGGUAGUUUCGUGAUUCACUGUUUUUGUUUUCUCUUAGCUCAAGAUCUUUUAUCUAUUGAAUUUUGAAUGUUUUGAAUUUUGCUCUACACUAAUGACUUCAUUCCGCCUGCUAUAUUUAUGAACAAAUAUUAUCCUUCUAAAA